UUACUAUUUUUGCUGACGAAGGGUGAGUAAUUUGUUUUUAAAAUGAAUUGCGUUAUCGUAUAUUUUUGGCUCGAACCUUCUCGAUUCUGUGCUAAGCAGUAUAAAUAUGAGGUCKGCUGAGCGARCCUCAAAUUCAUCYGAAACGAAAGUCGAGAUAAAGCUACAGAAGAAAUACARGAAACUACUACAGCUACAGAGAAGAUGGYGAAAGCUAUUGGAAUCGAUCUUGGUACAACAUAUUCAUGUGUUGGAGUGUUUGAAAAUGGCAAAGUAGAAAUUAUCGCCAACGACCAGGGGAACAGGACGACACCAAGUUACGUUGCAUUCAACGAUACAGAACGGCUCAUCGGAGACGCAGCUAAGAACCAGGUGGCGUUAAACCCCGAGAACACUAUCUUUGAUGCUAAGAGACUUAUAGGUCGUAAAUACGACGAUGCAAG